CAUUGGCCCAAUUCAAACCGGCAUUGUUUUGAAGGGUUGCCCGUUACAUUUCUGGGUGGUUGUUGUAUCUGUCGUGAAAGAAGGAGACUAAAAGCCGUGAAAGGGCUUACCGUGAUUUUAGAAAUUCGUUAGAAGUGCCCGUGACUUCCUGAUUGUGUUGACGGUUGUGUAGAACCUGAACAGUGGCUAGGAGCUGCCUGAAUACACAAGGAUCGUAUCGUUCUGCGGUGUUUAUCUUCACUGUGGAAGGUCUAGAUUUCGGUUUGACUUGGUGAUUCUCCAAUCAGCACAAUGUUUCCUCGAGCCAAGUUACAACGAUUCAACGAAAUUACUAGUGAUGUCCCUCCGCCAGGAACAUAUGAUCCGAAGUUUGAGAGUAAGAAAGCCCAAGGAGUGGCUAUGGACAAGAUGACAAACAGAUUUGUGGAGCCUAAGGCUGCUGCAGCUUCCGGUGACAACACUCUUCAACGCUCUGCUAGUUUGAAUGCUCUGCAUGUUUUUCGAACACCUCAAAUGCCAAAGAAGUCUGUCAAGAAGACACCAUCAACAGUUAAAGCCAAACAUGAUUCCACCGGUGCAAGAAGGAACAUUGACAGUGAUUUCAGCAGCUCUGAAGAUCUAACACCCCUCAAGGACAACAGAAAUGAGUUGACUGAACUUCAGGAUAAGUUGCAGCAAACAUACUCCAAGCUAGAGGACUCGGAAUCCAAGUACCAGCAACUGGAGAGUGAGCUCCUGGAAGGCAAGAAGAUGAUUGAAAAAUUGGAGCUUGAGAAGAAUGAAUUGUCAAAAGAAGUAGAUCGCCUUAUUGAAGAGAUGGCUGAGAAGAGCUCGCAACUUUCUUCUCUUACUGAAUCCUACAAUAUUGCUGAUGCUAACCUUGCUGAAAGGAAAGCCGCCGUUUCUGAACUGGAGCAAUCCAAGACAGAGCUGCAAUUGGAAUUAGAGAUUCUCAACAAGAGGGCAGAGCAGAACAAGCAGGAAAUGGAGCAAUCCGUCAGGCGAUGCUUGGAACUGGAAGGAAGUGUCGCAGAAGCCAAAGCUGAAAAUGAAAAGCUCCUAGAAAGCAGGUUGGCUCUUUCUAAUGAAGUUUCAGACCUUGGAGAGCGUCUGAAUGAAGCGUCAAUGCAGAUUCAAGCCAGAGAAGAGCACUGUGAGACUCUGGAACACGCCAAGCGGGAUUUGUUGGUGUUGUUGGAUGAAAAAUUGCAGGCUAUAGAUGAGAUGACAGCUAAAAUUGACGAAUCUGAGAAGUUUACAGUGAAGCUGGAGUCUCUUCUGUCUGACAUCAAAUCACAGGUGGCACUAUUAGAGGAGGCUAAUGCAAACCUGCAAGUUGAGGUGGUCCAGCUGGAAAGUGAACUUAAAACAGUUACUUCUGAACUGGAGACAUACCAAUUGAAGUGCAAGGCUCUUGAGGAAGAAAUCACUGAGUACAAAGAAAAUCUCCUGCAAGAGGAAACUAUCAAAACCGCGUUGUCAUCACAAGUUGAGGAUUUAGAGUCAAAGCUAGAUGAGCUGCAGUCGUUCAAAAACAAAACAGAAGAGGCUUUAGAAGAGCAGAAGUCUCUUUAUCUAGGAACAUUGGAAGAGAAAAGGAAGUUGCAGGUGGAAGUUGAAGAAUUGGGCCUGCUGUCUGCGGAACUCCACCACAAACUGGAGCAACGACAGCAACUUAUUCUAGGACUUCAGUCUGACCUUUCUAAUUCAAGUUGUGAAUUGGAAGAAAGACGAGCUGAAGCAGAACGCAGAGCAAAGGAGUACCGUGCUGAGAUUGAGCAAAUUUGCUCCAAGCAUGAUGAACAACUCUCUUCAAUUCAGAAGGACUUGGAGAAGAAUGUGGCAGACUGUGAAGCUCGAGUCGCCCAGGCUCAAGCUGAACAUGAAUAUGAGUUAGCUAAUCUGCGAGACCUUGCAUACAAGCUUGAGCAACAAGUGCUGGAUGAAAGAAAGUCCCAAAAAACCAUGCAGAAAGAAUUUGAGGAGGAAAGAGAAGAACACCAGCAUGAAAUCCAAUCUUUGUCAGAAAAAGUUCAAGACUUCUCUCAGCAAAAGUUUCAACUGGAGGAAGCUUUGACCAUGUCUCAGGCUGAACUUCAAUCAGUCCAAGAGUCAUAUGACAACUUGGAUCAGCAACUAGUAGAGCAAAUCCAACUGCAUGAGGAUGAGAUGACCUCAGUCCACUCCAAAUUGAGGGCUGCUGAAGAGACUCUUGAAACAGAAAAACAGAGGGCUAGACAGCAAAUUGAAGAGCUGACUCAGGAGAGUGAAAAACGUAUUGCAGAAAUAAAACAAAGGACUCGUAUUGCACUUGAAGAAGCAGAAAUUAAGCUGGAUGCUGCUGAAGCAGCUUACACUCAGACCCUUCAGCAGGUCCGUGACGAUACACAGGCAUUGGUGCGAGCUGCUAGAACUGAUGCUCUGGUGGAACUGGAGAAAGUGAAGGCGGAGACUGAACAGAAAGUUCUUGAAGCCAAAGAAGAAGUGUCGGCAAUUUCAACUGAACUAGAAGAAGCCCAGGAGCAGCUCCGUCAAGUCACUGCAGCAAAAGAUGAAUUAAGAAUCUCUAACUUGGACAAGGAGAUGGUAAUUGUUGAGCUUAAGGAUCGUAUGAAUGUGAUGGAAACUGAGCUUGCUCAAAGUCAAAAGUAUCUUGAUGAUGCUCAGGAGGAAUUGGAAGCUGUGAAAAAUGAGCUUGACCAUAUGAAAAAGAUCCGAAGAAAUCUGGAAAUUCUUGGUCACGAAACUCUUGCCAUCGUUAAUGCAGUCAGCAAGCGUCUUGUUGAUAGUGAUGUGGAAGUUGAGCGCUUGUCUCAGGUCAAUUGUGCUCUUGAAACAACUAUUAAUGAGCAAAAGGAAAAUCUUACUGUUAUGGAACAAGAAAACAUUCGUGAUAUUCAAGAUAUGAGAGAUACUUUGAUUGAUAAGGUAGAAUCUUUUAAGCAGAAGUGUGCUGAUGAAAAUUCUCGCCUUCUUGCUGAAAUUAAGAUUCUGCAGGAGAGUGUAGAGAUGUAUGCCCUGCAACUUGAUGAGGCCAACCGAAAUGUAGAAAGUUUGGAGAAGGACAGAGAUGAGCAGGCCGCAGUUAUUGCCAAUCUGGAACAAACAACCAAUGAACUUCAGGCCACUCAAGACUUUUUGGCAAACCAAGUGGAGGACUAUUUGUCAGUGAAGAAGGCUUUCGAGCAGGCACAGAAAGAGCUGAGUCAGUGUAAGGACCAACUGGAAAAGGCCAAGGCUGAUGCUGCUGACGGGGAAAUGGAGAUACAGCAUCGUGAGAAACAGAUAAACGAUUUGACAAACCAGCUGGAUGACCUCAAUGAUAAAGUAACAGAACUUCAAGGUGCCGUUCUUGAGCUUGAGACAGCAGCUGCAGAAUCAGAGCAGGUUGUCAAGAACCUAGAAUGCAAACUGAAACAGCAGAAAGAAUCUGCUUUGAAGAGUGAUUGGCAAAUUGGAGAGCUGUCAAAGGAAAAUGGAGAAAUUAUUUGCCAAAGGGACCAGUUGAAGAAGUGUCUUGAAGAGCAGAAACUUUCAGCCGAUCAAGAAAUUAGUGUGCUGUUGGGGGCUAAAGCCGAGCUGCAGAGCCAGCUGGAGUCUCUUACUACCCUCUUAGAGUGCCACAAGAUGAAUGUGUCCAAGGCAAGGGAAAGAAUAGAAACUCUUGUUAAUGUGGUUGCAAGAAAAGAAAGUGAAAUUGAGGAAAAGGAAACUGAAAUGAAGGAGUUGAAGGAUGAACUCAUGUCAAAAUCAAACCAACUCUCUGAAUUGUCUGUAAUUAUUGCUGAUAAGGAUCAUGCUCUUCUAUCCCUUCACAGAGAUGCUGACAACCUUCGUGAUGCAGUCAAGUCAAAUGAAGUCCAAAUUAGUGCUUUAUCCAAUGACUUGGACUUUGAAAAGGCAUUCAGGAAGGAGUGUGAACUUAAGAUAACUGAAAUGCUACAAGAAAAGUUGGGUAAUGAGGUUUUGAUUGAAGACAUGAAGGAGAAAGUAUUUGAGCUUGACUCAACAAUUAUUGAAAAGAAUGAUCUCAUUGCAUCCCUGGAAAAUAAACUUCAAGAAUCUGAAGAUCGAAUCAAUUACCUCAAAGCUGAAGCUGAAGACAGCUUGAAACAAAUAACAGAAGCAGAAAAAACUAUUGUAAUCCUGGAGGCUGAUAAGAUUGGAAAAGAGAAUUGCAUUGCUUCUUUAAAUACCAAAGUGUCAGAACAGUCUGAUGUUAUAGAGAAACAUGAGGCCAAAAUUGUUGAAUUAAAUGCUGAAGUUCAAAACCAGGCAGAUCUUGCCAAAUACCUGCGAACUCGAGUGGAAGAUAAUCGUAAGGAAGUAGCAAAACUGGAGGAAGAGAAGAUGGCAUUACAAAGCGAAGUAAGCUCUUUGAAGAUGCAAAAUGAAAUGAUUCAAUGGGAAAAUGAAGAGUCACUCCUUAAGUCUAAGAAGGAAGUUGAAGCCCAAAAGGAAGAGAUAAUAUUGUUGACUGAGCAGGUUCAGAAGAUAAAAUUAGAAAUUGAAACUGAGAAAGCCAUUGGAAAUGAACGUGAUGAGGCUUUGAGUGAAGAAAUCUCUUCUCUCAAAAAAUCGUUGGGUGCCAAAACACAAGAAGUGGGCACUGUUACGGGUAGAGUACAACAGCUUGAAGCAGAACUAGAUCAGACCACCCGUCGCAAGGAGACCUACAAAGCUGCUGUUGUUGAGCUGCAGCAAGCUAUUAAACAGAGCCGGUCUAAAAUGUCCAGCCUUGAGGAUGAGGUGAAGAGCGUCCAGCAAAAGCUGAUCCAAGAGAGGGAUGACCAUGCCAAGGAAGUUGCAGCUUUGCAAGACGCUGCUUCCAAUGGAAUUUCCUGGGAGCAGAGAUACUAUGAGUUGGAAGCACUAGUUGGCCCAUUCCGUGAGCAACUGGAGGCUUUCGAAUCGGAGCGUCAAGCUCUGGCCACCCGCAAGGAAGCUGCUGAAGGAGAGGUGAAAGAACUCUCGCAACGUUACGCUCAAAUUUUGGGACAUCAGAACCAUAAGCAGAAAAUUCACCAUGUUAUCAAAUUAAAGGAACAAAAUCUUGAUUUGAAAAAGGAAAAUGAUAGGUUUGAAUCUCAGAUCCGAGCUCAGAAACGCACAAUUGACAAACUUAAAGAUGAAUUGGCACGUGCUACUGGCCAAACUCGCUUCAACCCUUCAAUGGCAUUCAAGUCUCAGGAUGAUUCUCUACUGAACCGCCUUUCAUUGGCACAUUCCAAAUCUUUCCUGGAGAAUUCAAAUCUGUCCAAGAGUUUCAGAGUUCCCACACAUCAGUCCACUGCCAAGAAAGACAAAGAGAAUAUCUCAUCCUUUGAUGCAUCAACACCCUUGUCAACUCGCCCCGCUGCAAAAAUUAAAGAAGAGCUGCUUAGUCCUGCUCGGCACAGUCCAGCCCGAAAUAGCCCUGUUGGUAGCCCUGCAACCCCUCUGAAGGAAGUUCAAAACCAGCAGCAGGUCAACUGAAGCACCAAGAUAACUAUAUAUAUUACUUCUUUUAAAUAUUGCAACAUGUCUGGUUAAGACUUCAGUGGUGUUCAUAUUAUGAUUACCUCAAGUAGAGGCAGUUUUACUUCAGUUUUACAUUCCUAGUUCAUGGGUAUGACUUUCAGCAUAAAUCCUUUCUUUUGGGAAACAUUUGAUGUGUGUCCAUAUUUUAGAUUUAAGUAAAAUCAUUUUACUUAGCAUAGUUAUGUUGCAUGAAUGCUCAAAUUAUUACAUUUAAGAAAUGUAUUCAGUUUUAUUUGCUUGUGGAUGAUACAGAUCAGCAGAUGUAUGGUAUUUCCCUCACUUGUUUAUUAAGAUACAUUAGUUAAGGUAUCCCCCUUAGUGUGUUAAUAUUAUUUACCAUUUAGACCUUGACUCUGACCUAGUCAGAAAUAUGCCACACAAAUGUUCCUUGUAUUGAGUAAUUCGAGCCUCCACAAUGGAGAGUUCUGCAUGACUUGUUCAUAAUUGUAAAUGUGUGCGCAUAAAAAAAUUACAAUGUAACUGAAGUAUUAUUGUAUCUGGUUAUAAUGGAGUAUGUGACCUAUGUAAUUCUCUCUGCUUGACAAAAUCAUAUAUAUUUAUAGUCAUGUAAAGUAUUUUAGCAUAGGAAAUCUUGUUGAUAUUUACUUAAUUCUUUUAUAUUUGUGAUGUUUCUACAGUGCAGAAAUAGUGCACUACAACCUGCCAAGACACUGCCAUUUGUGCCUGGAUUCUUUGAUUCUUUGGAGUUAAUCUUAAGUUCUGUAACAUGGGCUCUUACUUAUUUUGCAUGAUGUAUUGUAAGACUGAGAGUGAUGCAUGUAUUGAGACCUGAGCGCCAACAUCAAUGUUCAAAUGCAACAAUGUAUUCAAUCAAACGUACAAAUUUAAAUAAUUUACGAAUGUAAAUAGGUGUGUUUUUAUUUUUUUUCUUGAAAAAUAAAAGGGCAAAACAUUGACCUUA